UUGUGUCUCUCUCUUCCUUGGUCGACAAACAUCACAAAUCACUUCUGCAACUGAAUUUGUAGCCCAGGUGGGACCCCCUUGUCCACUGGUCAACUCCAGAACCUCUUGGGGAGUGUCAGAUCCACGGACUGGGUGAGUUUAUUUCUGUCUGUCGCAGGGAGUGCGCUGGAACCCACCAGAAAGAGGUGAGGUGGUGGUGAGUUGAAUUCCUACAUAAUUCCUUUAAUUUGGAAAUGGGACAAGGUGUAGCGAAAGGUACUUUGUUAUCGGAAAUCUGGAAUAGUUGGAGCAAAAUUGCUAGGUACCCGUGGGUAGUCAAGAAAAAGGGCUGUGGAAUUGUGUCAAGGUACCUGGCUGGAUAUGACUUGGGACUAGAGAUCAAAAGUGGCCAUCAGUGGGUAGUUUUAACUUUGGCCACCUAAAGUUUUUAAAGCUACUAUUGGGAGACCAUUUCCCACCUCACAUCAGUGACUGGUUUGUUUGGGAUAAUUAGUGACAUGAUAGAUCUAGUGGCGAUUAUACAAACCAGUCUUACAAAAAUAAGAUAAAUAAUAACGACAAACCCAAGGCACCUCCUUAGUGACCGCUAUUCAUGCGAGCUCCAGCAGCUGCUAUAGAUGUGUCUUUGUCUCCUUUGCCUGCUAUCGACUUUUACCACUCCUUCAGUUCCUCCUUUUGCACCUCCUGCUUUCCCUCCAACAGCUGUGCAAGUUUUGCUGAAGGAGGUGCUUAUUCCUCCUCCAGCGGUAGGGGCAACCGUAACAAGAGUUAUGUGUGCCAUUUGGGCCAGCAGAUUUGGUGGUGUGGCAGCAACAAAUGCCCUGACUCCAGGGUUGAACCUGGAAAAGCUUCAGCAGGCGAUUAGGGGAAUUUUUAGGGCGUAUGACCCUGAUGUUUGUUGGUUACUGGAAACUGUAUUUACCCCUUAAGAGUAAGUGUUGAUUUUGGAGAAAAAUUGAGAACGGGCUGCUGCUCUGGAUGGUAGGACUGCGUGGUUGGAUGCAGAGCCAGACAGGAAUUAUCAGACCAAGGCAGGAUUAGAUGCAUUAAGUUUAUUUUGAAAAGCGUUAGAAGAAUGGCUAAUUGGACAAAGGAAAAAAAAAAUGCUGACAAGGCACUAACUGGGCAGGGGAAGCAGUUCUGGGUGUUUGGGGGAAUGGGCCCCGAAGCCCUGCAAAAUGGGUCUUUGCUUGUCUCCUUAUUUGUAGAUGAAGCAGCCCCAGAUAUUAAGAGGUGUUUUAAUCAGUGUUCCCUGGGUUGGUGAGGGCAGCUGAUGGGGGAGACAGUAGGUGCUGCAGCGGUCACGUAUAAUGGAAGGGAUGAGGCUAAGGCUAGGCAGAGGGGAAAACAGCAGGAAGAGAAGGCUAGCUUGUUAGCAGCUGCUUUGUGAGGUAGGAAUUUUAGGGGGCAAAGAGGUAAUAAUUAUGGAAAGAAGGGAAACAAAUCUAAAUCAGACAAGACCAAAGGAUUACUGCAAUAAAAGGGAGAUACUGGAAAGGAGAAUACUCUGUGGUCCUGAGAGGGAGGCUAUGGCAGCAACGAAGGGAAAAUCAAAUCAGUCAGGAGCUGAACGAAAGCGAUGAACAGUGAUGGUUACCAGAUCCCCAAGCCCUAGCAGUGGACGGAGAAAACAGAAGUAAUCCUCCCAAGGGACUCUUAAGGAACCAAUUAUAGAUUUGAAAACUAGAGAUAAGACUGACUCAUGUCUGAUAGAUAGCAGCACAACUCAUUCAACAUUAACGACCCCCCAUGAAGGAUCAAGAAUGAAGGGUAAAGAAAAUGCAGGAGUAGAAGGUAAGCCUACGUUUGUAGCCGGGACAGAGGAAAUGGUGGUACAGAGAGGUCCACGGUGCGUUCAUCAUUCUUUUCUGCUGUUGGGAUCGGCACCAGCAAAUUUUGUGGGGAGAUACUCGUUGCGCAAACGAUGGGCAGAGUUGCAGUGUACACCACAAGGAAUUACAUAGUGACUCCUGAUGGAUGAUGUGCCAAAACAUCAUGACUGCUGUAGCAAGUGAAGAAGGGAUAGGAAUGCCCCAGGAACUCAGAUGUACUGAGGGUUUUUUGCACCCAGACAUAGGGUUAUUGAGGUUGUCUAACCCAGUACGGAUAGAAGUGAAGGCAGACAAACCUCCCUCCUUAAAACCAUACCUAUUAUCAUGUCAGGAAGCAAGGGAAGGUAUAAGACAAAUAAUUGAACAUUUUCUGCUGAGAGGGAUUUUAACUCCUUGUGAGUCUUCCUGUAAUAUGUCUUGGUGGUUAAAACCCCUAAACUAGGCUCAGAUGGAAGACAAGUUUAUAGAUUUGUCCAAGGCUUAUGAGCAAUAAAUAAAUGCAUAACUGUACAGCACUCACUAGUUUCUGAUCCUUCAACAAUUAUAGCCGUGAUACCAGCUAACACAAAACGUUUUACAAUGAUUGAUUUGUGCCCAGCUUGCUUCAGUAUAACUGUGCAUCCAGAACCUCAUAUUUUUGCUUUUACCUGGCAAGGGAAACAGUAAACAUGAACUACGUUUCCUCAAGGGUUUGCAGGAUUGUCUGACUUUAUUUUUGAAAAUCUUAGUGACAGGUUUACAGGAUAGUUACUCAGAAACUCUGCGUUAAUACAGUAUGGGGAUGAUGUACUGAUAGCAAGCACAAAUAGGGAAAGUUGUACUGAAGACACAAGUAAUGCCGGUUGCUUUGGCUGAUAAAAGCCAUCAAGUGUCCCCAACCAAAUUACAAUUCUGUAAAGAAAAAGGCAGGGUAUUUAGGGUGUUUUUUGUCAGGAGAGGGCAGGAAGAUACCAGAUGACUGAACAACUAUCCAAGAUAUGCCUAGGCCUAGAAUUGAGACACAGGAAUAGGGUUGUGUACUCCGUACCACUCUCAAUCAUCAUGAGAUGAUUGCUGUCAUGCACAGCAUGAGGUGAGGGCCGAGGAACUUGAGACGGACUCAGCAGAAGCUUGAUUUGGCAGAAAUAUUCAAAUCCUGAACACAUACAGGCUGCAAAACCUAGUCAUUCCAGUCUAUUGCCUUUUUUUCAUGACUUCUGUUCCAGGAGAGACCCCCCAGCUCCAAACCUCUGGUGAAUACACCCAGAUUUCAGUCUCCAAGGAGAUAAAUGUUUAUGGAGGGCUCUAGAGGAAAGAACUAGGGGUUAGUUUGAAGAUGGCAACGUUACCGAAAUUUCCCAAGUUCAUCUUCCAAGUCGGAGCUUUCCCAAGUUGACUUUCCCUGCCCAAAGUGAGACAAGGGAAAGCAAGGAGAAAUGGAUCAAGAGGAACAAGAUGGUCUGGUACCUGAGGAGUGGGCUCUGCCACCUGGACCGGUGCGCUCAGCGGCAGCUCAGCAGUCUUUGCUAUGGGAAUUCAAAGUCUGCAGCACCUCUCCAGAAUGAGCAAGAGGGACGUGAUGUGCUCGAUAAAUGUCUCAAAUGACACUUUGUGGGCUGUGUGCGGCAGUUCUGCCAGCAGGUGCUUGAAAUUGCAGAAUGGCUCCCUAGUGCUGAGGAGUGUGGAGAAGGAGGAUGAAGGAAGAUACGAGUUUUUUUUUCAGAACAUCAGCAGAGUUUUUACACUGGAAGUACUUGAGCUGGCCAUUGGUAUCCAGUGCUUCCCUAAUGGGACUGGAGAGUUGUCCUGCGACGUGUCCAGCAACAGGACCAUCCCCAUUCGGUGGCUGCUGAACGGCACGGCGCUGAACGCCCCAGGGGCUUGCAUUAAGGAUGACGGGAAGAAGGUUCGCCUGGACAAAACCGUGCCUGGGGAAUUUGUAUGUGAGGUUUACCACGGUGACAGAGUCACGAGGACCAAGCCCGUUGCGCUGUCUUGCAGCUAUGGAGACCUGCUGCAGUACCCGUGGUUCAUUUACAUCCUGGCAGGGUGCGCAGGGGGGGCGGUUAUCCUGGUGGUGGCUGUGUCCUCCAUCGUAUGUUGCUGCAUGAAGAGGAAACACAAGUUCAUCCCAGUGCCUUCAGAUGAGGAGAAGGAUGAUGGAGUAACCAUGUCCGUGGUCUCCAGCGAAGCUGUGAAGAGCCCCCCCAAUGGAGACCAUGUUGAGGCUCAAGCUGCCCAGAUUGACUGCCCUCCAAAGCCUGAUGCUGCCCGGACUGGGCAAGCCGUUGAGCCCCAGCCACCGGUGGAAGAAAACUUACCAGUGGGGACAGAGCCUGAGGAAAUGCCAGACCCAGAGGUCAUAGUUGAUGUGGAAAGCCAGGAAAAUGCCUCGGACUGUUUCCCAGAUCCAGCUGAUGACUGAUGUGGCAUGCUCACUGUCCUACCCUGUCUGAGGGCCUACGACAUCCAUCCUUUGCAUCCCAUAGUCUCAUUGUGUUUAAGAGUUGAUCCGGAAAAUUUCAGCAGGGGAAGUAAUGUGAGGUGCCAGGCUUACUAACCUCAUUAUAAAAAAAAAAAAGAAAAAAAAAAAGAAAAAAAAAAAGAAAAAAAAAAAGAAAAAAAAAAAAGAAAAGAAAAUACAAGGAAAAGUACACGGGUGGCUUCAAGGCUGCACUGCUGUGGGCUGACAGAUUCACUAACAAACAAAACUUGGCAGCUCUUUGAUGCUUUGCCUAUUAAUAGACCUGCAGCUGAGCUGUGGAGCCCUAGAGGACCGCCUGGAAUGAGAUGGGCAGUUCCUCCUGCUCCCUGCCCACCCCACGCCUUGCCAUGCCUUCACCAGCCAGUGGUUCCUGCAAGGGGCAGGCAUGACAGGGGGACUGAGGUGGCCUGCCAGUCCCAGACAGAAACAAGGACCUGCCAGAGAUUUCCCGAGAAAGCCUCUUUCUCAGGAGAUUUCAAGGCAUUUUUCGCUGGCCCUGCAAAAAAAAAAAGCUCAGUGGAGGUUUCAGCUAGGUAUCUGCUGUGCCGGGUGUCUAUCUGAAUUGCUCCUCUGAGCUCCAGACCCUUUGGGAUUUGGGCCUUGCUGCUUGCUCCGUGGGGUUGGGAGUGCUGGUGAUCACCCGGGUGGUCGCCCCGGGGGGUGAUGCUGGCUUGCUCGCCUUUCAACGCCCUGCAAUGGCAGGGGGCUAUGGGUUGGUUACCUUUUACCAGCACCUAACUCCUCAGGUUGCCAGCGAGUUCCAACAACUCUGUCAUUAGCUUGCUUGCUUGCAGCAGAAGGGUGCCUGGGGUCUGGGGGUGUGAUUUUCGCAGAAACGUUGAUUAGAAUGCUGAGACCGUUCAUCAGUGCAAGCAUUAGUGCCUUUGGUGUAAUGGUUUAGCUACGGCAAGCUGGUUAAGCUGGUCAUCUGCCUGUGCAUGUAGGCUUUUUCGGUGCUGUGUUAUUUGCACAGACAGCAGCAAUUUAUAGAACCUUUUAGGCAAGUCUCACCGCUUACACGUGUCCUGUUCUGCUCGGGGGAGGUUUGCGAGUGGAGCAGCUGGGGUAGACCUGCAGGGGAGAAGGACAAGGUGAGGGAGGGCGAGGACUCUCGCAGGCAGCAGGUAGCCCAGUCCCUGGCAAAGCUUCCAGGGGCUGCAGGGCACGGGGAGUGCUGCAGGAUGCGCUGCCUGAGCAGGGUGUUUGCUGUAGAAGUGCAUUUUGGUAGUCGGAAGGGAGGUGUGUUGCUGUUAAACUAGCCCAGUAGGCUGGAAAGGCUUGGCGGAGUUAAAGCAGAGAUGGUGCAGAACGGGGCUGAGAGGGACGGGGAGGUGCGUGUUGCGUUCCUUGCGUCCCUUGUCAUUUUGUCCCUGUCUUAGAUUGCGCUGACAUUGUGCCGUUGGGAACGGAUUUAGGGUAUGCCUGGUUCGUGCCACCCAGCGAGGUCUGCAGGUCCCCCAGCAGAACGAAACCCAAGCUGGGCGCUCCCCUCCCAGUCUGGGGAGCUGGCGGAUGGCUGCACGCUUCCCCUUCGUGUCUGCCUCCGUGGCAAAGCUCUGCAUCGGUGACGCCCAGCCAUAGGUGGUUGUUCUUAUUUCCUCGUCCCGCGGCUCUGUUUAGAAGAUUUUUGGGUCUUGUGUGCUGUGUUGGUGGUGAUUCAGCCUGCCUCUGCUUUUGUAAGGCUGCUGUAGGAAUCGGAUCGUCCACAGUCAAAGGGAGAUAAUAAUUCUUUUCCUCACGGUGCUGUGCUAUCUCCUUUCGGUACAAACAUUCCUCAAAGGCUGUGAGUUGAAUGUCAGGAAUGUGGUGGCCAGUGCUUGGGGUGGCAGCUGCCUGGAGGCAGCGAUGCUGGGUGAACAGGAGCCGGUGUCACCAAAAUGAGGGGACGAAGUCAGCUUUGCUUCUCUUCUGCACUUUCUGGCAGGGGCAGGCAGGGGACACUCGACUCCAGUACAUAUUUUGAAGGCUGAACGGUGCUCUGAGCUGCACUCGAGAAGAUGCCAGCGUUUCAGGUGCUGAGGGUGACACAGCUGGGCCAGCCUUGUCCCAGUGCAUCCCGGCUCCAGCUUGCCCUGGUGCUGCCUUGCUGCUGUCAACCCCGGGCGGGGGGACACUGGGGGUGCCUUGUUAGCACCGCCACUGGUGUAACCCCAGUCUGGGAAGGGUUUUUCCCAUUGAGAUGGGAAUCGGAGACUCGAGAUGUCUUUAUGAGGCAGAUAGGACCCAGCUGGUUUUCUGUCCUUCCCUGCUGAAGAUGCUGUUCAGCAAUGGGGCAAAGAUUUCUGUUACUGGGAGGUCAGUAGAGAAGCUGUGCAACCUGCGCUCUUCUUUUAACCAUGUGUGUUCAUGCCCAGCUAUUGUUCUUUUUUGGUGUUCUUUUUCUUUUCCUCGUGAUAAUUUUGUUCCUAAUAAAAAGAUCUGUUUUCUAACUUG